CACUCAGAGUAGACGAUGCCGGAACCUUCACAGAAGUCAGUGGCCAAGAAGGGCUCGAAGAAGGCGGUGGCCAAGACCGCCGGCAAGGGCGGCAAGAAGAGGAGAAAGACCCGCAAGGAGAGCUACGCCAUCUACGUGUACAAGGUGCUGAAGCAGGUGCACCCCGACACCGGCAUCUCCUCCAAGGCCAUGGGCAUCAUGAACUCGUUCGUGAGCGACAUCUUCGAGCGCAUCGCCGGCGAGGCCUCCCGCCUGGCGCACUACAACAAGCGCUCCACCAUCACCUCCAGGGAGAUCCAGACCGCCGUGCGCCUGCUGCUGCCCGGCGAGCUGGCCAAACACGCCGUGUCCGAGGGCACCAAGGCCGUGACCAAGUACACCAGCUCCAAGUAACUGACGCUCCAACCACCGACCAACGGCUCUUUUAAGAGCCACACACUCCGCCUGAGAGACACAACCGUCCUGAACUUUCCUGUGCAAUUCCUCUGAUCAGCUAGAUGAUCUGUGAUGGUGUAAACCAACUUUUGAAACGAAUUUUAAUGUUAUGAAAUUUAAAAUAAAGGAAAGGUGCCAAUUUCUUGAUUAUUA